CAUUCAUUCGUGAUUCCUGUACUUUCGUGUGAUUCGUUGUUGUUGGAUCAGUUGCCUGUCUACGUGCGGUGAAAAUUGAAAAAACUGCUGUGAUUUCGCUUGAAAAAUUACUGUUGUGUUUUGUUGCGUUUUAAAAAUCCAUUUUAUCGGGUUCCGAGCUAACAUUCCGCGAUAAUGGAUGCCCAGAAUCUGCCGUAUGUGGCGGAAUAUGCCAAAAGUAAUCGUGCCUCGUGCAAACUGUGCAAGAACAAGAUCGACAAGGAUGUGCUCCGCCUUGGGGCGAUGGUCCAGUCGGCGUUCCAUGAUGGCAAGCAAGCCCAGUGGUAUCACGAGAAGUGCUUCUUCCAGAAGUUGCGACCGACCACCGAAGGUGACAUUGCCCACUUUGAGGGACUGCGUUACGAGGAUCAGGAGCAACUGCGGAAGAAAAUUGCUGCUCUGGGAAAUGGAGUUGUUGCCCCUGCUGCUUCCGGGAAGGGAAAGGGCAAGAAACGGACGGCCGAACAAAGUAUGGCUCUGAAGGACUUUGGCGUAGAGUAUGCAGCAUCCGGUCGUGCCGUUUGUCGAGGGUGCGAGAUUAAAAUUCUGAAGGAUGAAGUUCGAAUCAAGAAAGUGGACUAUACCACCGAGGUUGGAAUGAAAUAUGGUGGUCAAGCCCUCUGGCAUCAUGCGGAAUGUUUUGCCAAGCUACGUUCCGAACUGGGAUAUUUCGAGAAGGGAGAGUCUCUUCCCGGCUUCAACAAUUUGAAAAAAGAAGACAAAGCCAAGGUAAAGGAGCUUCUGCCAGCUAUCAAACAAGAGGAUGUACCAUCGAAGAAGGUCAAGUCCGAACCAAAGGAUGAAGUCGAUUCUGCCCAGGAGGCCAUCGACGAAAAGCUGUAUGCUCAGCAACAGAAGGCCUUCUUUAAAAUUCGUGAUAAGCUGAAGGGUGACGAUAUGAAGAAGAAUGAUCUGAUUAGCAUUCUCUCUCGUAACAGUCAGGCGAUUCCAGAAGGAUACGAUGCCUGUUUGGAGCGUGUUUGUGACAUUCUGACGUUCGGGGCACUCAAGCCGUGUCCGAAAUGCAAAGGACAGUACGUUCUGCAGAAGUCGGCCUACAUGUGUGAGGGCAACCUCACGGAAUGGGUCAAGUGUUUGCAUACGGACACGAAGCCUCCCCGAGUUCCAACAAAGGUCCCAUCUGAAAUCAAAAAGGCUUUUCCGUUCCUGGAAAAGUACAAAUCGGUGAUCAGCGACAGGGUAAUCAAAUAUGUGCCACCGAGUCUCAGCACUACGAUGAAGAAGGUUAAGAAGGAGGAAACCCAAGAACCGAAAAUUAAACGGGAGAAACCACCACUUUAUGAGCUACAAUUUGUCAUUAUUGGCAAAACUGCCACACCAAAGGACGAGCUGAAAGAGAAGAUUCUGAAAUUGGGUGGUAAAGUGGGUACCAAAAUCACUAAUACGACGGCAGCAAUCAUUUCCACGCCGGAUGAGGUUGAACGGAUGGGCAGUCGCAUGCAAGAAGCCAAAGACCUACAGAUUCAGGUCGUGCCGGAAGAUUUUCUAGAGGAUGCCAAAAGCGGGGGCGCUCUGUCCUACAUCACCAGCAAAUCGAUUUGCGACUGGGGUUCAGAUCCGCAUAGUCGUAUCCCACAGGACGAAGAGAAAUCCAAAUCGAAGAAGAGCAUUUACACCAAAUCGGUACCCUCGAAGAUGACACUCAAGCUCAAGGGAGGCUUGGCCGUUGAUCCGGACUCUGGUUUGGAAGACGUUGCCCAUGUGUACAAAAAGCACAAGGAAGUGUACAAUUGCGUACUCAAUAAGGUGGAUAUUCAGACGGACAAAAACUCUUACUUCAAGAUGCAGGUUCUAGUUGCUGACAAGGGAAACAAGUUUUGGUUCUUCCGAUCGUGGGGUCGUAUCGGUACGACCAUCGGAGGCAACAAGGUGGAAAGUUGCAGCACAUUGUUGGAUGCGAUGGGUUCGUUCGAGUUCCACUUCCAGGAUAAAACUGGCAAUAGCUGGGAUGAUUAUCGUCACGGAGCAUUCCACAAGCAUGCGGGAGCUUACUACCCGGUGGACAUUGAUUAUAACGACGAAGAAACCAAAACGCUCAGCGAAAACAGCAAUAUCAAAUCCAAGCUGGAGCCAGCCGUGCAGGAUCUUGUGCGUAUGCUGUUCGACGUGGAUACCAUGAAGAAGGUAAUGCUGGAGUUCGAGCUGGACAUGGAAAAAAUGCCGUUGGGAAAACUUUCCCAGAAGCAACUCCAGUCGGCUAUGAAGGUUUUGACUGAGAUAUCCGAGUUGAUUGUAAACGGAGGCAGCAAUUCUCAGUUUAUCGAUGCAUCGAAUCGCUUCUAUACGUUGAUUCCGCACAACUUUGGGGUGGAAACUCCAACGGUGCUGGACACAGUCGAGCAAAUUAACGAGAAGCAAGCAAUGCUGGACAGCUUGACGGAGAUUGAAAUCGCUUACAGCUUCUUGAACACCGCUGAAACAGAUGACAAAAAGAACCCUCUGGACGCCCAUUACGAGCAACUCAAAACGGAUAUGGAAACCAUCAAAAAAGACUCGGAAGAAUUCAAGAUCUUGGAACAGUACGUCAGGAAUACCCAUGCCGAAACGCAUACGUCCUAUGAAUUGGAGAUCGCAGAAAUCUUCAAAAUUAAGCGUAAGGGCGAAGACCGUCGGUACAAACCGUUCAAGAAACUCCACAAUCGCAAACUUUUGUGGCACGGUUCUCGCCUUACUAACUAUGUUGGCAUUCUAUCGCAUGGUUUGAAGAUCGCUCCGCCGGAAGCACCAGUUACCGGUUACAUGUUCGGUAAGGGUAUCUACUUUGCUGACAUGGUUUCCAAAUCGGCCAACUACUGUUGCACUAGCCCAUCGAACUCUACUGGGCUCAUGCUUUUGUGCGAAGUUGCGCUGGGCGACAUGAUCGAAUACAAGCAGGCUCACUACGUCACCAAGUUGCCGGCCGACAAGCACAGCACUAAGGGUGUUGGCCGCACGCAACCCGAUCCAAAGCAGGCGUACGUCCGUCCGGAUGGCGUGGAAAUUCCGCUGGGUAAAGGAGUUACGCAGGAUCCCAAGAUGAUGACCUCGCUGCUGUACAACGAGUACAUUGUGUACGAUGUGGCCCAGGUCAACUGCCAGUAUCUGUUCAAGAUGAACUUCAAGUAUAAGUAUUAGGAGUGAUGCAGAAAACUGGUAAGUCAUUCUUUACUAUCGAACAAAUUCCUACGAUAUUAUAUGAACUCGAAAACCUAACUAGUACAACACAAUAAUUGGCGCUUCUGUGUCUCCUAAACCUUUAUACGUGUAGCCAAAGAGUAUUGGCAAAUAUGACAUGUUUUGCUUUUGAUUAAGUUUGUUACCUUUUAAUUAUCUCUCAAAGAAAUGCAUUCAAGCUAAUCCGUAUGAAA